GAUGGGAAAAGGUUUCCGACCCUGGGCUAGAGGGACCGACAGUUGUUGUUGGCUGCACAAGAAGGGACUUUGCGUGAGGAGACCCAUCCAAUGUGGCGGCGACGCUGUUACGCUCUUCAGCGCCAAAUGAAGUGUCUACGUAUUCAUGUCUAUGUCGUCGUCGCCAUUUUCAAAACGGCUAAGCUUUAUUGCACACGCUGGAUUUGUGCAGCAAUGUGAACUUAAUAAAGAGACGGAUCUUUAGAACUGGAGUGUUCAAGAUGAUGGAGCUGGCCGACUUCAGCAGACAGCUGAUGCAGCAGCUGAUGCUCCUGAGGAGCGAGGGGCUCUUCUGUGACUGCACAAUCAUGGUGGGGGACUCUCAACACCAGGCACACAAGGUGGUUCUGGCUGCGUCCAGCAUGCUCUUCAGGUCUCUACUGGACAGCUCUGAUACCAUCUCCAUCGACACCAGCGUGGUCUCGUCACAGGAGUUCAGCUGUCUCUUAGAUAUGAUCUACACGGGCAGGUUACCUCUGGGCAAACACAACAUCAGUCGCAUCGUGGCUGCUGCUGAAAACCUGCAGAUGUUUGAUUUAGCUGUUGGCUUCAAAAAUGUCCUCACCACUCUGGUGAACCAGCAAGUCACCAGCCACACUACAAGUACCACCUCAGAGGGUUCAGCCACACCCAGCAGGAAGGACGCUGCCUCCGACAGGAUGGACAUCAGGUCUGAGAUAGAGAAGAAGAGCUGUCGCUGUGGCGACGAAGAUGUGGUGGAGCCAGCUUGUAAGAAAUCUUGUGAGGAACCCCCAGAGUCUCCAGGCGUAGAAGAUACUGCAGCAGUCAGAGAGUCUAGCACAGCUGCUGGUGGUCUCCUGCAGAACUCCUUCCUGCUGGUGAAGCUUCUCAGCAGCGUUCCGUCUGUCCUAGAGCUUUUGAGCCAGGCAGCAAAGGGCAGGUGGGAUGAAGAGAGCAGACAGGUUCUGAGGGAGUGCUGUGAGGAGGGGGAGCCCAGCUUGGCGCUGGAGAAGCUGAUGAGCAGAUUAAGAGAUGGAGCAAUCAGUGAGCCGAGGCUCAUUCAGCUGCUCCAAGCUGUCCAACAGAAAACUCUGGCAUCCUUCCCUACUCUGCUUCUCCCUCUCCUGGAAGGGAACACACCCCAGACUGAGGGUGAAGCCGACCCAGAGCAGCAGCAUGACUCCAGAGAUGAAGCACAGCCAGAACCAGAGGUGGAGACUGAACGCAGCACCAAGCAGAGUGAGGAGGAUGAGAAAUCUGUGACUUCUCCAGCCGACUCUUUGUCCUCCAUCUCCACCCAGUCCAAGUCCUACUGCUGCCGCUGGUGCAAGAAGAGUUUUAAAUUUAAGUGUCGCAUGCUGUCCCACGCAAAGCGCUGCUCCAUGUCCCAGGACGGGGACCUGCAGUGCCCUCGGUGCCCCAAGAAGCUCCCCAACCAACGAGCAAUGAGGCAUCACUGGGCGGAGCUUCACCGGGACACCAAGCGGGACAAGAAGAAGGUGCUCUGUGAUCUCUGUGGGCGGUGCUUUGCUCACCCAUCAGGUCUGGUUUACCACAAACAGACGGAGCACUUUGACCAGAAGCCGUUUGCUUGUGAAGAAUGUGGAACAAAGUUUGGAGCCAACUCGUCUCUGAAAAACCACAUGAGGCUUCACACCGGGGAGAAACCAUACCAUUGUUCACACUGUGACAUGGCCUUUAGUGUGGCAGCUGCACUCUCAUACCACACCAAGAAGAAACAUUCUGAGGGGAAGAUGUAUGUGUGUCAGUACUGUAAGUCUGUAUUUGCACAGUCCAUCGAGCUCACUCGCCAUGUACGCACACACACCGGUGACCGGCCAUAUGUAUGUCGGGAUUGUGGGAAAGGCUACAGCCAGGCCAGCGGCCUCACGACUCACCUGCAGACGUUUCACAACCUUUCACAACCACACGACUGUACCAAGUGCUGUCUCAGUUUCUCCACAUCAGAGGAACAUCAGCUGCACAUCCAGAGGUUCCAUCCAAAGGAGUUCCAUAAGUGUUCUACCUGCAACAAGGUGUUCUCCAGCGCCGCCUUGCUGGACAAACACAAGACCAAACACAGCGGGAGUAAACCAUUCAGCUGCCGGCUCUGCAACAAGUCCUACCAGCAACUGUCAGGCCUGUGGUAUCAUAACAGAACCAACCACCCUGAAGUGUUUGCCAACCAGACCCGGCAGCUCAGGAGCCUGCUCCAGUGUGACCUCUGCUCUAAGUUCUUCCCCAGUGGCGCCAGUUUGAGCAAACACCAGGAGGAGCAGCACCAAGCCUCUGAGUCGUCGGGGCCCCAGUUGUCCUGCAAGGUGGUGCUGGAUGGUGAGGACAAGGUCCAGGAGCAUGUCUGCAGUCAGCACAUGGAUUCUAGCAGCAAGGCCUUCAGCUGCCCCCUCUGCUCCCUGGUGUGCAACUCACAGCUGGAGCUGCAGGAGCAUCUGCUCUCCUGUCACAUGGAGGUGCAGCAGAAAGACGGUCAGAGGAAGCAGCGCUCCUCCUCCUCCUACACGGUGAUGUCAACAGGUUCUGCUUUAAGACAACAGAUCCAAGACCAGAACCAGCCAGGAGCCACUCCACAUGUCCUCGUAGCACUGGCAGGUGUAGAGGGCCGACCAUCGGGUGAGGUGGUGGAGGUGAAUGUGUCCGACCUGCUGAACAACUCCGUCACCUUCAUCUGUGAGAACAAGGCCCUGGGUUCUGACUCCUAGCUGGAAACCUAGUUGUGAACUGACCGUCUGUCUCGCCGUUCUUUUCGACUGCACUGCUCCAACAAUGACUUGACUUGUCUCGUUUCACCUCACUGAUCACCUCAGAUGAGCGAGGUUCUGGUUCUGAUCAUUAGUCUGUAAGUGGAGUUCUGAUCCAGCACGAUGAUUUGUACUGCAGACCUGAAUCCAGAGGCGUUCGUCUGUUUUGGUUCAGUAAUGACAUCUAAAUGUUUGUGGUUAAAUUUAGUGAAUAAAUAAUAUUUGAUCAACGUC